AUGAAGGACCUGAUGGAUGAUGGCCUGGUUCGGGCGAUCGGUAUCUGCGAUGUCGAUGGGGCCUUGUUGGAGGAAUUGCUGCGCCAGCGGCGGCGGCCUCAUAUCAUCCAGAACUGGAUGGACCCCUUCCACCAGGACCGGGAGGUUCGGCGCCGGUGUCGCGAGGAGGGGAUCCAGUACCAAGCCUACAGCAGCCUCGGCUCUCAAUGGGUGCACUUCCGGGGCUAUGGCUCGAACAACCCCGUCCUGGAGCACCCCGUCCUUCGGGAAAUCGCUGCUCUGCGCCAGCGCACUGUUCCCCAGGUGGUCUUGAAUUGGGCGGUGGUGCACCAUGGUGCGGCGGUCAUCCCAGCCUCAACGAGCGCAGAGCGGCAGAGGUCGAACCUGGACAGCUUUGGCUUCGAGCUCUCCUUGGCCGAGGUUGCUCGCAUCGACUCCCUGGAUGGAAUUCUGGAUGCCGCGGUGGACGCCGUGUUUGACAACAUGGGCAGGCCGCAGCACCAUGUCCUCCACUCGGAGCUGUGA